AUGGCCAUGCUUUCGUCAAAAUCGCCGUUCCCGGCCGCCCUCAGCACCUCGAAUCUUCCUCCCGGCUCCAGCCUGCAGUCUGUCUUGUCCACCUCGAGGAGACUGCCCCCGAUGUCGAGCAGCACGCAGAGCUACGCCAGCCCGACCGAGUCUGACCCCUCCGAGGCCGACGACGCCGACUCCGUGAGGCGCUGGGAUGAGGACCGUGUCUGCGAAUACCUUCGAAGCGUCAGCUGCGAGGACUACGAGAAGAUCUUCCGCAAGAACCACAUCAACGGCGAGAACCUCCUAGAAAUGGACAAGGAAGUGCUGAAGGAGAUGGGAAUUGACAAGGUUGGCGAUCGAGUGCGCCUCUUCCUGUGCAUCAAGAAGCUGCGGACCAAGACGUAUGCAAAUCAGAAGCGGCGCAAUCGGGAUUCCUUCUCCGGCCUCGAUGCCUACUCUUCUUUGCCUUCCACCACCCUUGCUGCCCAGACUUCGUCUGUGCCUCGCUCGGCCGCCUCCUCCUCUCUCAACCGUCGAUACUCGCGGCAAGCCGAUGUGCCCGCUCCGCUGGAAACUGCUCGGCAAGCUCGGUUCCCUGCCGGUCUUGGCUACGUUAGCAGCGUCGGCCAGAGCCAGCCUUCACGGCCUCCAGCAGUAACAGCUCCGGACCAUGCCGCUGGCCGCCUGGUACCGACUCAUACGAGAAACAAUUCCAGCAUGGAUGGCUCGCUGAUGGCCGCCCUGCCCCAGGGCCAGGACGUUAUUCGCGUCAUCUCCACCGGCGGCGUCACCAAAGUGGUCAAGAUUGCUGACUGCACCACUUGCGAAGACGUCAUGCGUGUCACCCUCCGCAAGUUUGCUCUGCGCGAGGACCACGAGCGCAACUAUUGCUUCUGGGUCUUGACCGGCAUUGACCCCGACCCGAGUCAGUGCAGACGUCUGGGCGACACCGAGCUGUGGCGCAUCAUCAAGGACAAGCGGCGGCCCGAACGCAACCGCCUGAUUCUGCGGCGCGUGCCCGCCGGCGAGCCCGGAGAGUCGGAGCUGCAGCGCGCUGCUGCCAUCGCCAUGGAGGAGGAGCAGCAAAAGCACACCAAGGCCAUCGAGUCGGUCGACAAGAGAAGCCAGCUCAAGGUCCAGAAGGUCCUGGGGGAGAAGUGGAACGACCAGCUGCAACAGCCUCUGUCUCCCGUCUUCUUCCAGCACCGAGAUCGAUCUCUUGCACACGAAAUCCCCAGGGAUGUGGACAGGACCCAUCCGGCUGAUGACGCUCGAGCUGCGCAACGUCGCAAGGCUGGUCUUCGCCAGUUUGGCGGGCUUCGACCUCCCAGUGAACUCAUCGCCUCUGAUCUGACCUCGUACUUCCCCGACCACCGGCGGGAGGACAUUGACCGGACUGCUCGUCUUUCCAUGAGGCGGUCGACCCGGCUGAGCAAGGUCAACAGUCGACUCAGCGUUGCGAGUAGCAUCAGCCUGGCGUCGAGCGUACAAGACGCCCCUCCAAUCCCGACGAUUGCCGACUCGUGGCUGAGCGGUGCCGCCCACGUCGCCAAGGUCCGAACACGCGACUCCCACGGACGGAUCCCCGGCAUCUACAACAGAGAUUCUUUUGCCUCGUCCACGUUGGGCACCCUCCAAGAAGAAUCAUCACCCCUGGAGCCGGACCGCAAGUCGUACGUGUCCUUUACCGAGAGCGGAGACGACGGCACUGUCGAUCCCACCACUGUCAGCGUCACCGACCCGGACGGCAACACGGCCAUGACGAGCUACUACGAUGGCGAUGGGUCUACGGGGUCGGGCUCCUUCAACGAGUCGAUCCGGCAAGCUCUUUCCAACGACGGCGGUGAACUGGACGAGGAGCUUGAGAGUUUUCUGUCUGGGGACUCGUGGGACGACAACCAGUGGAUGAAGGGAGCUCUUAUCGGCAAGGGCUCGUUCGGCUCGGUCUACCUGGCUCUCCAUGCCGUGACUGGUGAGCUGCUCGCCGUGAAGCAGGUCCAGAUGCCGGCCCCCGGGGCGACUGGCCAGAGCGAGACUCGCAAGAGGGGCAUGAUUGAGGCGCUCAACCGCGAGAUGAACCUGCUCCGUGACCUGCGGCACCCCAACGUUGUGCAGUACCUGGGCUGCAGCUCGUCGUCGGACCGGCUGAACAUCUUCCUCGAGUACGUGCCGGGCGGCUCGGUCCAGACGAUGCUGAACUCGUAUGGCGCGCUGCCCGAGCCUCUGGUGCGGAGUUUUGUCCGUCAGAUCCUGAUGGGCCUGUCGUACCUGCACGGCCGAGACAUUAUUCACCGCGACAUCAAGGGCGCCAACAUCCUCGUGGACAACAAGGGCACCAUCAAGAUUUCCGACUUUGGCAUUUCCAAGAAGCUGGAGCAGUCCAACAUUCUGGGCAACGCCAAGAACAACCGACACCGGCCGUCACUGCAGGGAUCGGUGUUCUGGAUGGCGCCCGAGGUUGUCAAGCAGACAGAGUACACGCUCAAGGCCGACAUUUGGUCGCUCGGCUGCCUGGUGGUGGAGAUGAUGACGGGCAACCACCCUUUCCCCGACUGCAGCCAACUGCAGGCCAUCUUCAAGAUUGGAGGCGGGACGGCAUCCCCGACGAUUCCCGAGCACGCCAGCGAGGAGGCCAAGGCUUUCCUCGGGCAGACGUUUGAGCUCAACCACGACCUGCGACCCAGCGCCGACGAGCUCAUGCUCAGUCCGUUUCUCUCGCACAUGACGUAG